GGGAAGGAAACAAGAAUUCUUCCUCCAAGGUUGGGUGAAGGAGUCAACCUUUCCGCCACUGGCCCUGAGGGCCGGUGCCCCGACUACUUCCGCUCCCGGCGGCCCUGACACCGGAAGCAGAAGUGCGCAGCGGCGGCGGAUGGUGGCGGCUGUACGGGGCCGCGCGGCGCGCUGCGGUGGGAGUGUCUCCGGCGGUUCUGCAGGAAGGACACCUACUGAAACUUUAAACCCUGGCGCUGGUGUCAUGGAAUCAGUCACCUUGGAGGAUGUGGCAGUGGGGCUCAUCCAGGAGUGGGCGUUGCUGGAUGACGCUCGGAGGAACCUGUGCAGAUACGUGCUGCUGGACAACUGCAGGACCCUGGCCCCCCGGGGGACUUCACCCUGCAAAGCCUGUCUGGUCUCCCAGGUGGGGCCAAGAGAAGAGCUGAUGACAGCAGAACAAGGCAUUCUCUGUGCCACGGGUGUGGACUGGGAAUCUCAACUUAAACCCAAAGAGUCUACUCCUCUGCAGGAUAUUUUGGAGGAAAAGUCAUCCCAUGAUUUGCAAAUGGGGCUGGGGCUGGACCUGAGGAUGCAGAUCAAGCCUAUGAUGGGAGAGAGGGGGACACCUCUGACUCCAGGGGACCGGUCAGCUCUCCAGGAGUCACCUUGGUCUUCUGAGGACACAGGGCUGAAGGUGGCUGUGCAGAUUCAGAGGGUGGCCACGCCGGAGCCUGCGCUGCGCCUCCUCAACCUGUUGGGGGCUGGGGGUUCUGUGCCUGCUCAGGACCCCACCUGGCUCCGGGAGGAGAGCACAGAGGAAGAAGCCGUGGCUCCUGGGACACUGAACACUUGUCUGCAGGAACCAGUCACCUUUGCGGAUGUGGCCGUGAUGUUCACACCGGAAGAAUGGCUGUUUCUAGACUCUGCUCAGAGAAGCCUGUACAGAGAUGUGAUGCUGGAGAACUAUAGGAACCUGGCCUCUGUGGGAGAUCAACUCUGCAAAGCCAGUACAUUUUCCCAUUUGAAGCAAAGAGAAGAGCUGUGUGUCACUGAGAGAGGGAUCUUCCCAGGAACCCACUUAGAACCUCAACUUCAACCUCAAGACUCAAUUCCUAACCAAGAUAUUUUUGCAGAGAUUCCAUCCAUUGGCACGAAAAGGGAGCAACCUCAGACUGGAGAAAAACUCUAUAAAUGCAAUGUACUAGGGAAACCUUUUAACAGCAUCAAACCACUUUUUCAGUACCAGAGAAUUCCUGCAGGAGGGAACCCCGCUCACCUAAUCAUGCCUGAGAAAAUCCAUAGCGGGGAUAAAACCUAUGCGUGUAACAAAUGUGAAAAAUCGUUCAGAUACAGCUCCGAUCUCAUCAGGCACGAGAAGACUCACACUGUGGAGAAGUGCUUCGAGUGUCAGGAGUGCAGGCAGGCCUUCAAGUAUUCCUCGAAUCUGCGGCGGCACAUGAGAACUCACACUGGAGAGAAACCCUUCGAGUGCAGUCAGUGUGGGAAAACCUUCACGAGGAACUUUAACCUGAUCUUGCACCAGAGAAACCACACGGGCGAGAAGCCCUACGAAUGUAAGGACUGUGGGAAAGCUUUCAACCAGCCGUCCUCUCUGAGGAGCCACGUGAGAACUCACACCGGAGAGAAGCCUUUUGAAUGCGGCCAGUGCGGGAAAGCCUUCAGGGAACACUCAUCGCUGAAGACACACCUGCGGACCCACACCAGAGAGAAACCGUAUGAAUGUAACCAGUGUGGGAAGCCCUUCCGGACAAGCACUCACCUGAACGUACAUAAGAGGAUCCACACAGGGGAGAAGCUUUAUGAGUGCGCCACAUGUGGGCAGGUCUUGAGUCGUCUCUCAACCCUUAAGAGUCACAUGCGGACCCACACGGGAGAGAAGCCCUACGCAUGUCAGGAGUGUGGGCGAGCCUUCAGUGAGCCCUCAUCCCUCAGGAAACACUCGAGGACCCACACCGGCAAGAAGCCCUACGCGUGUCAGGAGUGUGGGCGAGCCUUUGGCCAGUCUUCACACCUUAUCGUACAUGUGAGAACCCACACUGCAGGGAGACCCUAUGAAUGUAAUCAGUGUGAGAAAGCCUUCAGGCACAGCUCUUCACUUACUGUGCAUAAAAGGACUCAUGCCAGGAGAGAAAACGUCAGGACUGGCGGCCUGCCUUUAUCAGUGUCUCUUGCGUACGGUGGGCCCCAUGCUGAUUAACUUCCAAUUUGUAAAAACAUAAACAUCCAAAGCUGUGAUCAUCUCUUAUAGUACUCGUUAAGCAACAUCCCAUGUUUUGAUGUAUAAUAUUUUCAUUUUGGUUUAAUUCUCCAUAUUGUCUUAGUUCCUUUUACCACUUACUCUUUGACACACGAGUUAAAUGGAAUUAGGUUUUUAAAUAAAAGUACGUGGGUAUAUUUUUAUAGAGGUAUAACUGCAGUGAAAUGCAUAAAUCUUAAGUGUACAUUUGGAUGAGUUUGACAGAUGUAUAUUUGUAUGUAAUCAAUACUCAGGAUAUAGACUGUUUCUGUCGUCCUGGAAAGUUCCUGCAUAUAUAUGGGUGUUUCUUUUUAGUUGCCUUUUUGUUGUUGGUUUCUAAUUUAAUUACACUCUUAGCAGGGUGUGUGGUCUUUAUGUUGUUGAAUGUUAAGUAUUUGUGGAGAUUUGCUUUUAGGUCUAGUGUGGCACGUCCUGUUAGUUGCCUACCAAAAUUGCCCCUUCUUGCUUACAAAAGCACUUAGGUUUUUUUGUUGUUGUUCAGAUUGGGACUGUGCACUAUUUUUUUUUUGUGGCUUAAAACAACAGAAUUUUAUUCUUUCACAGUUCUGGAGGGCAGAAGUUGAAAUCAAAGUGUCUGCAGGACCACACUCCCUCUAAAUGCUCUAGGGGAGGUUCCUUCCUUGCCUCUUCCAACUUUUGGUGGCUCCAGGUGUUCCUUGCCUUGUGGCAGCAUCUCUUCCAUCGCUGCCUCCAUUUUCAAAUGGGCUUCUCCUCUGUGUGUCUGUGUCUUCUCCUCUUCUGUCUCUUAUAAGGACACUUGUCAUUGGAUUUAGGGUCCACCCAGAUAUCCAGGAUGGUCUCAUCUCGAGAUCUUUAAUUACAUCUGCAAAGACCCUUUUCCAAAUCAGAUCACAUCCAUAGUUGCCAGGUGGACAUAUCUUUUGUGGGGGCAUCAUUCAAACCACAACACCAUCAGGGAAUGUGCACUAUUAAAACACCUCCAUCUUCCUGUCCUUCUUGCUGCCAGGCGAGGCCACAUCCUCCAGUCCUGGCCAGUAUGAGACAUCACUGGGUGUGAGUCCUGGGAAAGGUGUUGCAAAGGAGUGGUUUCAUUUAGCCAGAUCCCUCUCCUUCUUCUGUACAAGCAGACACCAUGUCCAGGGCUAGAGGAGCCAUCCUGUGACCAUGAGGGUGAAAGCCACAGGCUAAAGAGAGUGUGGCCAGAAGUCACAACCAUCCUGGUUCCCCAGUUGGUGUCCUUGUAUGGCUGUACCAGCCCUGGAUUGUUUAUUUCUGGACAUUCUGUUACAUGAAUAAGAUGUACUUCUUACUGGUACAUGACAUUGUCUUUUUUGCGGGGGAGUCUGGGGGAAGGCAGGGAUGGGUUUAUUAUGGCUGAAUGCAGUCUCUAACUGAUGCACUUAGUAUAUGGUCAAUUUUUAUAAAUGCUUCGUGGGUAGUUGAAAUCAAUGUAUUCUACAUAUAUUCACUAGAUGGAGCAUAUUAUUUGUGU